AUGAGGGAACUGAGGAGGGGCGACAGCAUUAUCAUUCUACCUGCUGACAAGGGACGAUCAACCGUCGUGCUGAAUAGAGAAGACUAUAAUGAAAAAGCGAAAGCCCUUCUUGAUGACAGAGGAUUUUACAGGCCAGCACAGAAGUCACAAGCCAAAGCAGUGGCAGAUCGGCUGAGUAAACUGCUUAGAGAAUACCGACAUAAAAAUGUGAUCACGGAGAAUGAAUGGCACCAAAUGAGGGCAACUGACACCGCUCCAGCCCGAUUCUACGGUCUGUCAAAAAUCCAUAAAGCAAAUUUCCCACUUCGGCCAAUCGUUGCCCUAAAAGGCAGCCCCACCUACAAUUUGGCAAAGUGGAUGUACUCAAAACUGAAGUUCCUCCAAGGCAAUUCGACUACAUCAGUUCGAUCAGCCCCUCAAUUCCUCAUAGACCUCCGAGGUCGGAGAAUUCAAUCGGACGAAAUCAUGGUCUCCUUCGAUGUGACAUCGUUAUUCACAUCCAUCCCACCAAACGUGGCCCGCGAAGUCUUGCACAAGAGACUUGAAGAGGCAUACGAUGAGACUCAGAAUGCCCUCAAAAUUGAACACCUCAUGAGGCUGUUUGAAUUCUGCCAACAAACUUUCUUCACUUUUGCGGGAGAGACGUAUGAACAAAUCAAGGGAACCCCAAUGGGCUCACCGGUCUCCGGUUUGGUGGCAGAACUGAUCCUACAGGAGUUAGAAAAGAUUGCCUUCCUCCAACAUGAACCGGUGUUUUGGCGACGUUACGUUGACGACACGUUUGUCAUCGUAAAAAAGGACAUGCUGCAACAUUUUCACAGCUUGCUCAACGCAGUCUUCCCGGAUAUAAAAUUCACGAGGGAAGAAGAACAGGAACAGCAGUUGCCCUUCCUGGAUGUGCUCGUCAGACGAAACCUUAACGGUGAACUUGAAACGACGGUUUACAGGAAGGCAACGAACACCACACAGCUUCUCAGUUUUCACAGCAACCAUCCGGUGGCUCACAAACGAAGCUGUAUGAAGACGCUCUUCAAACGGAUCCAAACUCAUUGCAGCAAACUGGAAGAUAGAGCGCGUGAGUCCCGUUAUCUCCGCGACCAGUUUGUGCAAAAUGGCUAUCCGAGGGCAUUCAUAAGUCGCUGCCUACGCGGUCGCCACCAGAGAACUCAAACAUCAACGCCACCGGCGAUAUGGCAUUCUCUGCCAUACAUCAAGGGUGUUUCAGAAGCGACCGAGCGCAUUGCUGCGGAGCUAGGUGUUGGAAUUGCACACCGCCCCAAAGCCACCAUGCGCAACAGGGUCAUGAAAAUCAAAGACCGGUUACAACCUGAAGAGCAAUCUGGAGUAGUGUAUCGCAUUUCGUGUCAAAAUUGUCCUUGUAACUACACAGGACAGACUGGACGCAUGCUCGGAUCGCGCAUACAUGAACAUAAGCUGGCUGUGCGGCGAGGCGACGCAUUAUCACAAGUGGCCGCCCACACCUACGAAAUGGGUCACGAGUUUGACUUCGCAGCCACCAAAAUAGUCGCCCACACCGGAAACAAAACAGGCCGAGAAUUGAUUGAAGCCUGGGCCUCGGAUGAGAACUCAGUCAAUCGAUUUAUCGAUCUGGUGCCGGCCUACAGAGCCCUUCGUAGUCACCUCCAGUCGUGCGAUGUCGGUCGAUGA